AUAAUUACUUAAACAAAGCCAUCCUUUCAAUAUCCAAGACGAAAUUUAGAAUCUGUUUCCUUCCAUCCAUUUUAGUCCGUUAGUUGCUUACCUGGCAUAUGAAAGAAGCUCAAAUAUUCUGAUUCAUCAACCAAGGUGUUAUUAAACUAUUGAAUUAAUUAAUAAUUAAUUUAGAGGGAAUACUCAUUCAUGAGGUACAAGUCUCCUUGUUCGUAAAAUCUAGCCUUACCAGUCAAACUCAAAGAAGCUUCUCAUAUGUAUAGGUUUAAGAAGAAACUUGCUUCUCAAAAGUAAAUCAAAGGCAUUGGUUGCUAGUAGUGAAAUUUAAAGAUUCCACUUUACGUAUCCAUAGUUACGGCUUACGUUGCUAACUCCAAUCUUUAGUCAAUAUUACUGCCACUAUCCAGAACUACUCCUAAUACAUUGAAGCCAGAAUUUUUGCCAUCAAUUACUACUUAUCUUACUUCCAGAAACUUAAAUCUACAAGAGUUCCAAAAGUUUUGUGCAAAACUAGAGUUUUGCACAAAACCAGAGUUUUGCACAAUAGGUGUUUGUCAAAAUGACUGAACCGUGUUUCUUAAUUCAUUAUAUCCGAAAUUGCAAAAAAUGAAUCUUUUUACUGAAAAGAUAUGAUUGCAUUAAGUCUAAGCAAAUGAAAUUUUGCAACAAGCUGAACAUCGUUUAUGUGCAAGACAUGUAUAUGGGAAUUGGAAAAAAAACUGGAAAGGAGAUGCACUCAAAAAUUUAUUUUGGCGUGCGGUAAACUGUACCAAUGAAUGGGAUUUUGAAAAGACAAUGGAAGCGAUUAAAGAAGUUGAUGUGGCUGCUUAUGAAGACUUUAACUCCAAAGGGCCUACAAAAUUUUGCAAAACUUUCUUUAGGUACACUGUGAGGUGUGAUGCAUCUGAGAAUAACAUGUGUGAAGCUUUUAACGGAACAAUAUGUAGAGCGCGAACUAAACCUCUAAUCCACAUGUUGGAAGAUAUACGCAAUUAUGUCAUGGAGAGGAUAUAUAGCAAGCAGAACCUUAUGUCGCAUGAUCUUGUAGAUGAUACAUUAUGUCCAAGGAUAAAGAAGAAGCUGGAAAAGCUAGUUGGGUUUUCUGCAAGAAGUGUGGCCAGACCUUCGGUUGGUGGAUUAUUCCAAGUUCAUGAAGGUGUAGAUGCGUAUUCGGUAUGCUUAAAUGAACGAACAUGCACUUGCAAAGCCUGGCAAUUGACUGGACUACCGUGUAGACAUGCCAUAGCAAGCAUAAGUUUCAUGAGAGUGGAUCCUUGCACUUAUGUUGAUGAUGUAUAUCGAAAGUUCACACACAAGAAGUAUUACAGAAUAGGCCUCCCACCAAUGAAUGGAGAAAGAAUGUGGCCUAAAGUUCCUGGAGAACCUAUUAAACCGCCGCCAUAUCGAGUCAUGCCGGGUAGACCCAAGAAAAACCGAAAGAAAGCGCCUGAAGAAGAGCCGAAGAUCUCACACACUUUAAAGAGAUCUGGACUAAAAAUGAAAUGUACUAACUGUAGUACAUAUGGGCAUAACAAGAGAAAAUGUCCCCAAUCUUUACGAGAAUCGGAUCCACAACCGAAGAGAAAAAGAGGAAGGCCCCUGAAACCGAGUACUCAACAAUCUACUGAAAAAAUUACCAAGGGUAAUAGAGGAAGACCGACAAAGAGCCCUAGGCAGUCAAUGAAGGCUGCAUCUGGCCCAAAUACAGAAGGUGCACAUUCCAUGGAAGGAACACACACUACCAUGGAAAGCAACAUACCAGUUUAGUUGGAGUUCAAAAAUUGAAGGUUGGAUAUAUGUUCAAGAUUUUUAAGAUAUUUUGGAACCAUACAUGUUAUUGAAACUUAAUCUUUUGGAGUCAUACAAUGUUUUAGUCAUUUUGUAAGAGACUUUGAUAUUUUAAUGUAUAUUGUGAGUAUUGAUGACAUUUAGAUAUAGUCAUGAGAACAUCCAUCCAUUUGCCCCUCCAAUUGUUGUUUUUGGAGAUAGGUUUUUGAGAUUCCAUGUGAGCAUAUCCAACCUUUACUUGUUGAAUUUCUUCCUUCAUUAGAUUUCUUUUAUUGGAAUCUAAAACUAUCAUUUCUUCAAACUCUCUCAAAUUGAGUUCCAAUUCUUUAACCUUGUCAUUUAAGGUAUUUAUUUUAUGUAGUUCAUCAACGUGCUUCACGAGAGGCUCAAUGACGUCUUGGUGCAGAUCUUCCAUCCAUAAAAAAUACCCACAAUCCUUUUAUUUAACUUAGAAAUCAUUAUACUUCAUUCACACAUUUCAUCAAAUACCUACUAUGCUAUAUAAGAAUCAACUUAUUACUUUGUCAUACAAACCUCGCCUGCGAAUGAGCACUUGAUAGAUUCUUUGUUUUUUGUUUUCAUUGUAGAAGUAGCUUAAAUAUCAGAGAGGUAGGGUUUGUGUUCUCAACUCAAAGGAGAGAAAUGAAUCCACGUUCUUUUUACAUAGAAAUAAAUAUUAGAAAUGACACAUCAACUAAUUAAUUAGAAGGCUAAAUCCUAGGUGUACAAGACACAUAGGCACUUAACGGACACUAACGAAUCAGCUUGGACGGAUCAUAUAUUUGUCUUGGAUAUUGAAAGGAUAGUUGUGUUUAAGUAAUUAUGUAUACGAUAGACUAGAUUUGUCACGAACUCUAAACGUUGGACUUUUUUUGUGUAAUAAGCCAUAAAAGUAUAAAUAACCAUCAUAUUUUAAUUGUUACUCUACUAAUUUCAGUACGUGUUUGUCUACCUAUCUGUAAAGCUUACACCUCAGACAUUAGCUCUGUAUUAGUCAAUUGCUCCCCACUACGAUAUCCAUCAGUUUGAUUCAUAUUUUUCCUACCUUUAUUUCAUUCAGUUAUAUCGAUGUAACUAUAACCCAAAAUUUAUACGGAGGAAUAUUUAUUCAAAUACAUUGAGCAUAUAAAUUUCGCAAUCCGCAUAUAUAGAAGUCGACGCUUGGGUUCUGUUUCUACCAGUAGGUAUGGAAAUCUUCUCCGUGGAAAUGCUCUGUAAACAUUUAAUCUUCUGCGCCGUUCAGAGGUGCCGUCUGAAAAAUGAUAUGUGCAGAUUAUCAGUGAAACUGGCCACUUCUCCAUGGUGCAAUCCGCAUCUCGUUCGAAUCUCAGUGUCCGAUACAGGAGUUGGCAGUACUCUGGAGGAAUACCAACAUUUGAAGUACCAAAGUGGCCUCGUUCAGGCUGGCAAAUGGGAUGGGUUGAUGUUUAUUUCUACUACAAGUAUUUCUGACAAAGAUAUGCAUAACUUAAACCUCAACAUGAAAAACACCGUUUCUUCUAAGAGACUGACUAGACUGCCUUCAACCUCAAAGAAUGGCGCACAUUUCAGUGGCACUGAGGUAUCAAUCUCUACAUUUGAAAGUUUUGAUCACUUAUUGGAAGAUUUAACCUUAUUUUUUAAGAAGAUGCUCGUUUUAAAAAUCCCGUUGGUUGCAGUUGAACUGUUGGUUGAUUACUAUAACAUGCCUGGAUCAUGUACGCAAAAUUGUAUUAUGGGCAUUGAGUGUGGUUCUUUACCUUUUCCGGUAGAAAGCGUCACCAGCCUAAGAACAGGUUUUGAGGAUUAUGUCCUUAAGCACAGGAAUAAACUGGAUAGUGUUUGUCCUUCUUGCUUUUCAACUGGGGAAAAUUUGAUGGUUGGCACUGGAGUUGCUAGCUGCUCAGGAAACGUGCAAAGCAAUGCACUGGUGAUGGAAGCUGUGGUUGUUAUUAGUGAAUUACCUAAGGUAGCUACUCCAUCCUGCUUCAGAGAACAUGAAACAGAGACACAGGUUUUGUUCUAUAGGGACUUUGUACCCUCUACUAUCCCGAAAUCAUUACUGAGUGCAUUGGAAAGCAUCAACUGGAAGAGCUAUGGAUUGACACUGAGGAACAUCAUGGACCAAGAUGGUUGUGCAUUGCUUGAAUGGGAAAGUUUGUCGCCAACUCUCCAUAUUGAUAUCAUCAUUCAUUAUUAUGACAAACAGGUGAAUUUACUGGAUUCACAAAUCAGUCAAAAAGGUCGAAGUCUGACCAGAAGAGCUGUCAAGCUUGCUCUUGAUGAACUGAAGGAGAAGAAUAAAGGUGUUCUUCUUAGUCAGCAUGCACAAAAGAUUUGCAGUUACGCCCCAGAUCUUUCAAAAACAAUUGCCCGUUUGAUCUUAUCCUCAAAUGAUGGAGACUUCCGAGAGGAAUGUUGCUCUCUCCUGGGACUUCAGUUUUCAGAUUUCAACAUGGAAGCAGUUGAAGGUUCUAUUAGAGAAAGGAUAGUUUCAGUGAUCGGAAAACACGACCAAAAGACUCGGGAAAGUAGAGAAGCUUCAGAGCUGCUCUUUGAAGACCAAUGCAUCCAAAGACCGGAAGACUACAUGGAAGAGGAAUACCACGAGCUUGAGGAAGUCUACAAUUCUCUCGGCUUAGAUUAGACCCCUCCCCUAUACAUCUUAUAUUAGAGAGUGAAGAUAUGAUAUUAUUGAUUGUCAGAAUGGUUACAUUAAGGUAACUAAAGAUUUAAUAUAAUUACAAAUGAUAGCUGCAAUAUAAACUAAUGAUGUGCAGAAUAUAAUUGGUAAUAAGAAAAGAUUAACCUUCCUUCUACAAA